AUGGUUGCCCUACUGGUACAUGGUUUUGUCCAAACAUGGAGCAUGGAGACUGGGAUGGCUAUGACAAAAGAAGCAUUUAUUGAAACAGUGGAAAGAAAGAGGAAAGUUUACCUGGUGCUCCAUUUCGGCACUGAUGAAUUUAAAACAUUUCAGCUAAGUAAUAAUAUUAGAAGUGUGGUCCAUGCAUCGUAUGGAGAAAACCAAAAUUUCCUGCUUUUAACUUUAAAAAAUAAUACCUGCUUGUUUAUUGAAAGAUUAUUAUCCACAGAUGCCAAACAGUUGAAGAUAUUUCUUGACAGAGUCCAUCAAAACAAGCUUCAUCCACCCAUGGGACCUGGUGAGGAUGGGGAUGUCUUUGCCAGCUCAGCAACACAGAAGGUAAACAACAAAACUUCAUUUGAUGAAGUUUGUAAGAAAUCAAGUAAUGGAUCCUUUGAGACAACAAAAGGAAGUGGAAUGCCUGUCCUUCAUGAGAUGACUUUGUUUACAUCAGAAUCAUCAAUAUCUGUUUGCAACUCUACUGGAAACCCUUCCCUUGGUGGCACUGGUCUUCUCCGAAGUCUCACUCAGAAAAUAUUUUUGGCAUUUCUGUUGAAACAAAAGUAUAGUAAGGAUUACCCAGAGUGGCAAAAAUUUGAGACUUCCUUUGGCUUUUACUCAGGGAGUCUAUGGCAAGGCCUCCCCAACUUGGGAAACACCUGUUACAUGAAUGCAGUCUUACAAUCCCUAUUUUCGAUUCCAUCGUUUACUGAUGAUUUACUCAAUCAUAAUUUCCCAUGGGGUGAACUUUCCCGUGAUAAUCUUACCAUGUGCUUGAUACAGCUGCUGCUUUUGAGAGAUAUUUAUGACAUAAAAAUCAAGAGAGAGAUACUUGUGAGUAUUAAAGCUGCAAUUUCAGCAGUUGCAGAUAUAUUCUCUGACAACAUACAGAAUGAUGCUCAUGAGUUUCUAAGUCACUGUUUAGAUCAGAUGAAAGAGAACAUGAGAAAAUUGAACAUAAUUUGGAAGACUAAAAGUGAAUCUUCGGAAGAAAAUUCGCCUCAACAGGGUUUUGCUGGUAAUGCUGCCACCAAAGUGCUCAUUUGUCCUGUCACCAGUAAUUUUGAGUUUGAGUUGUUGCUCACUAUUAUUUGUAAAGGUUGUGGCCAGGCUGUUCUCAAGACAGAACUGAAUAAUUCCCUCUCUCUCAACCUUCCCCAAGGAGCAAAAGCACUUCCUUUGUCUGUUCAAUCUACUUUUGAUUUCUUCUUCAAAGCAGAAGAGCUUGAAUAUAAUUGUAAGAAAUGUAAACACAAGAGUUCUGUUGCAGUGCACAAAUUCACUAGGCUACCCAGAGUCCUUAUUCUUCAUCUAAAACGCUAUAGCUUGAAUGAGAAUUGGUCAUUAAAGAAGGAUGAUCAGCAAGUCAUUAUUUCCAAAUAUUUAAAGCUGUCUUCUCAUUGCAGUGAAAACACCAAACCACCUAUUCCCCUGAGCAAGAAUGUUUGUAUUAGGGAUAUCAAAGUAGUACAUUUUUUUCAAAACAUGAUAUGUGGCGUCAUCAGCUCAUUGACAUCUUCAACAAAGUUGACCUUGGAAUCCAAGGAUUCUCUGGCUCAACACAUUGGCUCAGACAAAAAGUCUCAACCACAAUGCCAGAGAUUCUUUAAAGGGGCAAGCAGAGAAGAGCAGCAGAAAGACCUGGAAAAAUAUUCUAAACGGAAUGAUAGAGAGUCAAAUUUGCGUUCUGACUCUAUUCAUUUAGGAGAUUGGGCACUCAUUGUAAAAGAGCUACUAGCUGGCUCAGGGAUGAAUCUGGAAGACACCUCCCUUUCUCUGAUUCACAAAGAUGGAGAUAAACCCAACAGCAGGCCAGACACAAGUGUUGCAGAAAUUCAUCCUCAAGAAGUGCCUGAAAAUUCCAAACUAGAGAAAUAUAAGACAGAUUCUGACAGUGUCAUUGAACCUACUGAAGAUUUUUACAAGGAUAAAGACAACAGAAUUGUAGAAAAGUUACGAAAUGUGGCUGAACAGAUCCAGCAGUGUAAAGGGAUGAGAAUCUGUAAACAAGCCCCUCGGCAUGCACUGCCUCGAAGUCUUCCAAAGCCAGAUAGCCAGGGGAACACAGAGAACCUCGGAAGACCUACAGAAUUAAGUGUCCAGGAGGCUAAUGUGAAUUCCCUACUUGCAUUUGGUUCCAAUAAGAACCCUGGAAACAAAGAUAUUUUAGGUAACAAGAAGACAGAAUCCAAUGCCAAGCAACCAAAAAAAAGUGCUGAUAAGGAAGAUCUUCAUACCUAUCGGCUCAUCGGUGUUAUCAGCCAUCUUGGAGACACCCCAGAUUCAGGCCAUUAUGUCAGCAAUGCCUACAAUUUUGAGAAGCAGGCUUGGUUUCACUACAAUGAUCUGGUCGUUUCAGGUAUCCGAGAGGCCCUGAUGCAGCAGGAUAGCCUUUGCUCCGGGUACCUCUUCUUUUACAUGCAUGAUGGGAUCUUUGAAGAAUUGUUGGAAAGGGGGAAGAACUCCCAGCUUCAUAGCACUGAGUUGGGGAAUACCCCUCAGGAGAAAUAA